AUGGUAUCAGCAUCAUCACCCGAGGACAAUAUGCGCAGAAUUCCAUGGAUAGCAUUGCAGCUGGCUUCUUCGUUGAUCCUUGGGGUUAACGCGUACACCAGCCCUUGUAUCUAUCAGUCGGAUAAAUGCGGCGCUACCUUGGCGACUUUGUAUGGUUACUCUGUUUCUGAGUUGAUUGCUGCCGUCAAUCAGACAUCAUCAAUCCCACCAAUCUCUAUGGCUCAGCUCUUCCAGGUCAUCUACCGAUGUGAGGAUAUCUUUGGUAGCAUCGUUGGCAAUAGUCUGUGCAUUGCUGGAUGUAUCCCGGCAAAUAGUCCUACUCAUGAUGAUCAAUGUCAACUCUCAGAGGCUACCACUACUACCACUACUGUCACUGUCACUACUGCCGCUCCGUUGUUCAACCAGUAUGAACACGAUGAUACAUGCGCCUUCUAUGACUCCACUUUUGAGAUUCUGAUCAAGGAUGAUACUGUACGUGACUCAACCCGCACCUGGUUGGCUCAGGGAAAGUUUUCUUUGAAGGAACGGCCUUACCCUUAA